UUCUUUUUUAGUAAGAAACUACAAUGGCUUUAAAACGUAUCAACAAAGAACUCAAAGAUCUCGAACGUGACCCACCUUCUUCUUGUUCAGCAGGUCCUAUUGGCGAUGACAUGUUUCAUUGGCAAGCAACUAUUAUGGGUCCCGAAGAUAGUCCUUACCAAGGCGGUGUCUUUUUCUUGUCUAUUCAUUUCCCUACUGAUUACCCCUUUAAACCACCAAAGAUUAACUUUACCACUAAAAUCUAUCACCCUAAUAUCAACAGUAAUGGCUCUAUUUGUCUUGACAUCCUGAAGGAUCAAUGGUCUCCUGCUCUUACUAUUUCCAAGGUGCUCUUGUCUGUCUGUUCUUUGCUUACUGACCCCAAUCCUGAUGACCCACUUGUGCCUGAACUUGCUCAUAUCUAUAAAACGGAUCGUUCUCGUUAUGAAUCCACAGCAAGAGAUUGGACCAGAAAAUAUGCCAUGUAAAAUAAGAUGGUGUGUUUCUUUUUAUAUAUACAUAAAAUUUUAUUUUAAAAGAAAGC